AUGACCGGUCGACAUGCGCCUCGCUCCAAGAAUGGAUGCAGCACCUGCCGCCGCAGAAAAGUAAAGUGCGGAGAGGAGCAUCCAGUCUGCCAGCGAUGUUCCUCCCUCGGUCUUUCCUGCGAGUGGGGAGUCGUGCAACGGGGGAGAUCGCAGGCUCCUGUCCAUAUCCAACCUGCCCACCCUCGAUGGCCAGCGACGCCCCCGGCCACCACCGCCGUCACGCCCUCUGCGUUUGAACUGCCCGUGCCCAAUUUCGACGCCGUCCCGCUGUCCCCUCGUUUCACACAAGACCUGGCCCCUGCUUCUCCGGGGGCUCUCUUCUCGGGAUUAUGGGAUUCCACCCCGUUCACAUUCACCGUCCCGACUCCGCUGUACCCGCCGCUCUCGGGGGCGGAUAUCGAAUGCUCCAACUCGCUGACGCUGACGGAGCAUGACCAGAAAUACUUUCAGUACUUUCCGGCGUCUUCCAUUGUAUUUUACUAUAUAAAGUCAUGGACGUGGAGCAGUUUCAAUUAUUUAUACCAAGGCCCUGCCAUCUCCAACAAGGUGAUCAUGCGCAUGAUCAUCGCUCUAUCUGCGAGUGACAUGCACCGAAAUGGCCUCGUUGUGCGGUCUCCCGGUCGUCCGACAGCAGACGAUCAUGCCCGAUACCAUUAUGGGUUGGCAGUAAAGGAAUUCCGCCAGCUCCUCGAGACCAGGGAAGGUCCGGUUUCGCAAACCGAGCUGGAGAUGGUCUUUGCCACUAUGUUUUUGAUGAUAUCGUACGAGUGGCAGUUUGGCCAAUCCGUCCAGGACCUCCAGCUUCAUCUGCGCGGUGUCCGCUCGCUUCUAGAGUCGCACCCUAAGCUCUUCCAGAUCAAAGAUGUCGAUGAGAUGAUACUGUCCAUGGAUUCCGCCCACGCGGAAGACUCGAUUCCCAAGGUGUCGUUCAUCCCAGAGCAAUUGCUCCUCUGGAUUCUGUACAUCGACUCAAGCUGUCGGCCAAUGGGCAUGACAGAAUCGCUGUACGAAUACGCACUCAACUCGGGAAAUCCAGCUAUCCAUCCUGAUCGGCUCUAUCGCUGUGCUCGCCUAUGGGGUCGGUGUUUCUGGGGUACACAGUACCCUGACCAGGAAGUUACGGAUGAUAUAGAGAACUACCGUGCUCUGGAGCUCUUGCACGCAGACAUGAUGCUCCGCCACAAAACGUGGCAAGCGCUGAUGAAUGACCCCGUUGAGACAGCCCACCAAGCGAAGCCAAUCUUGAAGGAAAUAAUGGCCAUUCGUGAACAAUUCUCCGAUCUAUUCCUAACAGCCAAAUUCGCCGGAUCCGUCUCCCCCCGCCGCACUCUCAUCACCAUCAACCUCGCAGUCACGAAUUUCUACGCCCAAGUCCUCUUCCACCGCCGACUCUUAUACCCCCCAGGCCCACCAUCCCUAUUCCACCGCAUCGCCGUGUCAAACAUCAUCGAGAUAGCGCAGAAGCAGUACAACGCAGACCCGCGCCUCAUGCGCCGUCUCCACUGGCCGCUUCUCAUGGCUGUCAUUGAGACGGAAAAUGCAGCACAUCGGGCGUGGCUACGGGACCGUCUGCUUGACCUGAGAUUGUACCAUUCGGAGUACCUCUGGGCUAGUGAUCUAGCGGAUGAGAUCCUUGCUCUGCAGGAUGCAAGUCAGGGGCAGUAUGCUGAUGUAGCGGCUUUGCUGCGACAGCGUUCAUGUGGAUGA